UUGCAGAGGAGGAGGCCCCCGGCCGGGGCGUCGGGCGCCGGGCAUAAAACGGGCCGGAGCCGGCGCCCCGGGCACUAGAGCCGCGUACGGCCCGGGUCAGCGCCCGCCCGCCUGCGCUCCUCCCGGCCGCUCCUCCCUCCCCGCCCGGCCCGGCGCCGACUCUGCGGCCGCCCGACGAGCCCCUCGCGGCACUGCCCCGGGCCUGGCCCCGGCCCCCUCCGGCCGUACCGCCCCCGGCCCGGCCCUCCUCCCUCCUCCCUCUCCUCCUCCCUCCUCCCUCCCGCCUCCCCAGCUGUCCCGUUCGCGUCAUGCCGAGCCUCCCGGCCCCGCCGGCCCCGCUCCUGCUCCUCGGGCUGUUGCUGCUCGGCUCCCGGCCGGCCCGCGCCGCCGGCCCGGAGCCCCCCGCGCUGCCCAUCCGUUCCGAGAAGGAGCCGCUGCCCGUUCGGGGAGCGGCAGGCUGCUCCUUCGGCGGGAAGGUCUAUGCCUUGGACGAGACGUGGCACCCGGACCUGGGGGAGCCCUUCGGGGUGAUGCGCUGCGUGCUCUGCGCCUGCGAGGCGCCUCAGUGGGGUCGCCGUACCAGGGGCCCUGGCAGGGUCAGCUGCAAGAACAUCAAACCUGAGUGCCCAACCCUGGCCUGCGGGCAGCCCCGCCAGCUGCCCGGACACUGCUGCCAGACCUGUCCCCAGGAGCGCAGCAGUGCGGAGCGGCAGCCAACUGGCCUGUCCUUCGAGUAUCCUCGGGACCCGGAGCACCGCAGUUAUAGCGACCGAGGGGAGCCGGGCGCUGAGGAGCGGGCUCGUGGUGACGGCCACACGGACUUUGUGGCGCUGCUGACAGGGCCGAGGUCGCAGGCGGUGGCACGGGCCCGAGUCUCGCUACUGCGCUCUAGCCUACGCUUCUCCAUCUCCUACCGGCAGCUGGACCGCCCCACCAGGGUCCGCUUCUCAGACUCCAAUGGCAGUGUCCUGUUUGAACACCCUGCGGCCCCCUCCAGAGAUGGCCUGGUCUGUGGGGUGUGGCGGGCAGUGCCUCGGUUGUCUCUGCGGCUCCUUAGGGCAGAACAGCUGCUGGUGGCCCUCGUGACACCCACUCACCCUUCAGGGGAGGUUUGGGGGCCUCUCAUCCGGCACCGGGCCCUGGCUGCAGAGACCUUCAGUGCCAUCCUGACUCUGGAAGACCCUGCACAGCAGGGUGUAGGGGGCAUCACCCUACUUACUCUCAGUGACACGGAGGAUUCCUUGCAUUUUUUGCUGCUCUUCCGGGGGCUGUUGGAACCCAAGAGUGGGGGACUAGCCCAUGUUCCCUUGAGGCUCCAGAUUCUACACCAGGGGCAGCUACUGCGAGAACUCCAGGCUAAUGCCUCAGCCCAGGAGCCAGGCUUCGCUGAGGUGCUGCCCAACCUGACAGUCCAGGAGAUGGACUGGCUGGUGCUGGGGGAGCUGCAGAUGGCCCUGGAGAGGGCAGGUGGGCCAGGGCUGCGCAUCAGUGGACACAUUGCUGCCAGGCAGAGCUGUGAUGUCCUGCAAAGCGUCCUUUGUGGGGCUGAUGCCCUGAUCCCAGUCCAGACUGGUGCUGCUGGCUCAGCCAGCCUCACACUGCUAGGAAAUGGCUCCCUGAUCUACCAGGUGCAAGUGGUAGGUACAAGCAGUGAGGUGGUGGCCGUGACACUGGAGACUAAGCCUCAGCGGAGGAAUCAGCGCACUGUCCUGUGUCACAUGGCUGGACUCCAGCUGGGAGGACACAUGGCCAUGGGUGUCUGCCCUGGGCUGGGUGCUCGGGGGGCUCAUAUGCUGCUGCAGAACGAGCUCUUCCUGAACGUGGGCACCAAGGACUUCCCAGACGGAGAGCUGCGGGGACAUGUGACUGCCCUGCCCUACAGUGGGCACAGCGCCUGCCAUGAUACACUGCCUGUGCCCCUGGCAGGAGCCCUGGUGCUGCCCCCUGUGCAGAGCCAGGCAGCAGGUCAUGCCUGGCUCUCCCUGGAUACCCACUGUCACCUGCACUAUGAAGUGCUGCUGGCUGGGCUUGGUGGCUCAGAACAGGGUACCGUUACUGCCCACCUCCUUGGCCCUCCUGGGAUGCCAGGGCCCCGGCGGCUGCUGAAGGGAUUCUAUGGCCCAGAGGCCCAGGGGGUGGUGAAGGACCUAGAGCCUGAGCUGCUGAGGCACCUGGCGCAUGGCACUGCCUCCCUGCUGAUCACCACUAAGGGCAGACCCAGAGGGGAGCUUCGAGGGCAGGUGCACAUCGCCAACAAAUGCGAGGUGGGCGGCCUGCGCCUGGCGGCCGGGACUGAAGAGGCGCGGGCGCCCGGAGCUCCAGAUGCAGCGGCCGCAGGAUUGCCCGCGCUGCCCUCGGUGCCGGGCCCCGAGAUCCCGGCGCCCGCCAAACCUGCCGGUCCUGGGCGGCCCCGAGAUCCCAACACGUGCUUCUUCGAGGGGCAGCAGCGCCCCCACGGUGCUCGCUGGGCUCCCAACUAUGACCCGCUCUGCUCGCUGUGCACCUGUCAGAGACGAACGGUGAUUUGUGACCCCGUGGUGUGCCCGCCGCCCAACUGCCCGCACCCGGUGCAGGCUCCCGACCAGUGCUGCCCCGUGUGUCCAGAGAAACAAGAUACUAGAGACCUGCCAGGGCUGCCCAGGAGCCGAGACCUGGGAGAGGGAUGCUAUUUUGAUGGUGACCGGAGCUGGCGAGCAGCGGGUACCCGGUGGCACCCCGUUGUGCCCCCCUUUGGCUUAAUUAAGUGUGCCAUCUGCACCUGCAAGGGGGGCACCGGAGAGGUGCACUGUGAGAAGGUGCAGUGUCCUCGGCUGGCCUGUGCCCAGCCUGUCCGCGCCAACCCCACUGACUGCUGCAAACAGUGUCCAGUGGGGUCAGGGGCCCACCCCCAGCUGGGGGACCCCAUGCAGGCCGACGGGCCCCGGGGCUGCCGUUUUGCAGGGCAGUGGUUCCCGGAGAGCCAGAGCUGGCACCCUUCAGUGCCCCCCUUUGGGGAGAUGAGUUGUAUCACCUGCAGAUGUGGGGCAGGGGUGCCUCACUGUGAGCGGGAUGACUGUUCACUGCCACUAUCCUGCGGUCCGGGGAAGGACAGUCGUUGCUGCUCCCACUGCACACCCCGACGGCGGCCAGCCCCAGAGACCAGGACUGUUCCAGAGCUGGAGAAAGAAGCUGAAGGCUCCUAGGGAGCAGCUGGAGGGCCACAUGACCAAGAGGAUGGGGCCCGAGCUGGGGGAAGGGGUGGCACCGAGGGCCCCGCAUUCUUCUGUGGGAAACCCAGUGCCUUCACUCUUCUGUCCUGCCUCUUCUCUCUCCCCCACUACCUCCGGGAACAACAACUCCACGAGGGGGAGAGGCAGCUGUGCCAGGCCAAGGCCACAUCCGCUCCAACUUCUCCCUGUCACCCUCGGCCUCUGUCCUGGAAGCCCAACCCCUUUCCUUCUGUACAUAAUGUCACUGGCUUGUUGGGAUUUUUAAUUUAUCCUCACUCAGCACCAAGGGUCCCCCCACUGCAUUCCUGCUGCCCCUGAGCUGAGCAGAGUCAUUAUUGGAGAUUUUUGUAUUUAUUAAAACAUUUUUUUCAGUC